AUGAGUGCACAGUCCUUCAUCCGAAACUCCAUACCUCUGCCUUGGCAUGUAUACGAGGGUGACGAAUACUUCUGCCGCUUCGCGCCGCGUAUCCAUCGCGAUGUUCGUCUCUCAGACGCUGGCUCGUGGCAGUGCCAGGUUGACUUUCUCAAGGCGAGUAAUGAGGCCAGAGCUGGAGCGAGUCGCAACAAGGACGUCCACAGCUAUGCCGUGGGCUGUAUUAACCCCGUGGUUGGCAAUUUCACGGCUCUAUGUGCUUGUGAAGCCCUGAGUGAGCGACUUGCUCUCACGACGUAUAUGGUUGAGUAUGCCUACAUUCAUGACGACGUUAUCGAGUACGCCGAGAACAAAGACGAGUCCAAGAAGCUUCAAGAAUCCAACGACCAGCUGAUGGAGGGUCUGACCCUGGGCGGAGACAUGGGCCGUGGCUCAAAGUCCAAAGACCAUGUCAAGCGCCGCCAAUUGCAGGCCAAAAUGGUCAUGGAGCUCAUGGAAGUCGACAAAGAACAGGCAAAGGAAACGCUGCGUCUCUGGAAGGAGAUGUCAGAAGUCUUUGUUCAGAUCAGAGACAUGAAGUUUACCACCUUAGACCCAUAUCUCAAGGUUCGUGUUGUGGACGCUGGAUGCCCGUGGACAAUGAGUCUUCUGUGCUUCUCUAUGGACUUCAAACUCUCGGUAGACGAGGAGCAGAAGACAGACCACAUCACCUCCGCCGCUUACGACUCCUGGGUCCUGGUGAACGACUACUUCUCCUGGGAGAAAGAAUGGAGCAACCACCACGCUAACGGAGCUACUGGCGUGAUAGCCAACGCAAUCUUCCUCUUCAUGAACUGGUACUCCAUCAGUAAAGAAGAGGGAAAGAAAAUGCUCCGCAAGGAAAUCAUCUCUCGCGAGAACCGAUAUUGCAAAUUGAAGGAAGACUUCCUUGCCAAGGGUCAAGCUACGGAGAAGACGCGCCAGUGGUUAGAGUUACUCGACCUUGUGACGGCGGGUAACUUCGCCUGGAGCAUGACCACUGCGCGCUAUAGAGCUGGCGCCGAGGAUGUGUAUCCGGCUCUGUGGAAGAAGUGUGCCGACAUGUCCGAGGAUGAAAGCGAAAGCCUCGGUCGUCCUAUCUCGGUCAAUGCUGCGGCUAUGGCGGACAAGAUUGAUGUCGUUCUUCAUGAUCGCAGAUAUCUUGAUCUCUCAACUCCGGAACAUAGACCAAAAGGAUCCGAAAGUACAAAUGAUGAUCACCCGCCUCGUGUUUGCGUGGAAACUGAAGAGCAGACGUCGCAGCUGAGGAAGACGUGGUCGAUACAUCAGUACGAAGAGAUGAUCCUACAGCCAUUGAAGUACUUGGAGAUGAUGCCUUCCAAAGGUUUUCGAAACGCGGUCAUUGACGGACUGGAAGUCUGGUACCAGGUUCCGGAGAAGUCUCUCAACGUUAUUCGCCACGUUAUUAAUCUCUUACACAGCUCUUCUCUGAUGUACGACGAUAUCGAGGACGAUUCUCCCCUGAGACGCGGAUACCCAGCAACACAUGUUGUGUUUGGUGUCAACCAGACCAUCAACACGGCCAGCCUACUUAUCAUAAAGGCUCUCAAAGCUGCCGAAGCUCUCUCACCUCGUGCCUCGCGGUUGUUGAUAGAUCUUCUCAUCGAGGGUCAUAUUGGUCAAGGCAUGGAUCUUUACUGGACGUAUCAUACUGCUAUACCUACAGAGGAGGAGUAUUUUACCAUGGUCGACGGCAAAACUGGUAGCCUUUUCACCCUUUUGGCUGAAUUGAUGCGAUGUGAAGCUACUAAGCACCGAAGUUUGGAUGUCACGCUGUUGAUGAAACUUGUCGGUCGUUUCUUCCAAGCCCGUGAUGACUACAUGAACCUUCAAUGCACCGAGUAUGCCGAGAAGAAGGGUUUCGCCGAAGACAUUGGCGAAGGCAAGAUCUCCCUGCCCCUCAUCCACGCCCUCGCGACCAAAUCACCCCAACAAGGCCGCUUGAUGAGUCUACUGCAGCAGCGCAAGUGCGGUAAAGGUCUUUGUCACGAGAUGCGAAAACUCGCAGUGGAUGAUAUCAAGGCCACGGGCGGGUUGGAGUAUGCCAAGAAGACAGCGGUUGGGCUGCAGGAGUCGGUCACCGAGACGCUGUCUAUGUAUGAGGAUAAGGUGGGAGAGAAGAAUUGGCUUUUGCGGCUGGCGCAGAAGAGGCUAGAGAUUGAGGAAUAG